GGGAGGGUUCGGAGCUCUGGCGGCGGAGGCAAAGCAGGACCGGGCGCAGGGGGCGGGAACCAGCGCUUGGACUCAGUCCUCACGGCGCCAGCGGUCAGUGAUGCUUCGGCUACUGCUGCUGUGGCUCUGGGGGCCGCUCGGUGCCCUGGCCCAGGGCGCCCCAGCCGGGACCAUGCAGGCGGAGGACGUGGUAGACCUGGAGUUUUCCACCGAGCGGCCGCUCCAACUCGUGAGUCCCUCGUUCCUGUCCAUCACCAUCGACGCCAGCUUGGCCACCAACCCGCGCUUCCUCACCUUCCUGGGUUCUCCAAGGCUUCGCGCUCUGGCUAGAGGUUUGUCGCCUGCAUACUUGAGAUUUGGUGGCACCAAGACUGACUUCCUCAUUUUUGAUCCCAAGAAGGAACCGACUCUUGAAGAAAGAAGUUACUGGCAAUCUCAAGUCAACCACGACUGUGCUAUCACCUGGGACAUUUGCAGGUCUGAGCCGGUCUCUGCUGACGUGAUGAGGAAACUCCAGAUGGAAUGGCCCUUCCAGGAGCUGUUGCUACUCAGAGAACAGUACCAAAAGAAGUUCAAGAACAGCACCUACUCGAGAAGCUCGGUGGACAUGCUGCACAGUUUCGCUAAGUGCUCGGGGUUAGACCUGAUCUUCGGUCUGAACGCCUUACUGCGAACUCCAGACUUGCGGUGGAACAGCUCCAACGCCCAACUGCUCCUCAACUACUGCUCUUCAAAGGGUUAUAACAUCUCCUGGGAGCUGGGCAAUGAGCCCAACAGUUUCUGGAAGAAAGCUCACAUUUUCCUUGAUGGGAUGCAGUUAGGAGAAGACUUUGUUGCGUUGCAUAAACUUCUACAAAAGUCAGCUUUCAAAAAUGCAAAACUCUAUGGCCCAGACAUCGGUCAGCCUCGAGGGAAGUCACUUAAGCUGCUGAGAAGUUUCCUGAAGGCUGGUGGAGAUGUGAUCAACUCAGUUACAUGGCAUCACUACUACUUGGAUGGACGCAUUGCUACCAAGGAAGAUUUCCUGAGUCCUGACGUGCUAGACACUUUUAUUCUAUCUGUGCGAAAAAUCCUAAAGGUGACGAAGGAGAUGAGUCCUGGCAAGAAGGUCUGGUUGGGAGAGACCAGCUCUGCCUACGGCGGUGGGGCGCCCUUGCUGUCCAACACCUUUGCAGCUGGCUUUAUGUGGCUGGAUAAACUGGGCCUGUCAGCUCAGCUGGGCAUAGAUGUGGUGAUGAGGCAGGUGUUCUUUGGAGCGGGCAACUACCACUUGGUGGAUGAGACCUUCCAGCCGUUACCUGAUUACUGGCUCUCUCUCCUGUUCAAGAAACUGGUGGGUCCCAAGGUGCUAAUGGCGCGAGUGAAAGGCCCAGACAGAAGCAAACUUCGAGUUUAUCUCCACUGCACAAACAUCUACCAUCCAAAAUACCAGGAAGGAGAUUUAACUCUGUAUGUCUUGAACCUCCAUAAUGUCACCAAGCACUUGAAGCUGCCAUACCAACUGUUUCACAAGCCAGUGGAUAAAUACCUCCUAAGGCCUUUUGGACCUGAUGGGUUGCUUUCCCAAUCUGUCCAACUGAAUGGUCAGACCCUGAAGAUGGUGGAUGACCAGACACUGCCAGCCUUAACAGAAAAACCUCUCCGCCCGGGAAGCUCACUAGGCAUGCCUGCCUUUUCCUAUGGGUUUUUUGUCAUAAGAAAUGCCAAAAUCGCUGCUUGUGUAUGAAAAUAAAAGGCAUGCGGUAGCCCUGAGACAAAAGCGGUGUUAUUCAGAAGAGUGGAGCAAAACUCCAGCUGUAGGAAGGCUGACUGGUCAUCACACUUCAGGGCUGGGGAGGGCUGAAGGAGUGGGGUGAUGUCAUCUAAGGAGAACACUGCAGGUGAUGGCUCCUUGUCCGAAUGAUGCUUAGCUCUUUGCGCAGUGUUUUGGGGGCGUUAAAAAAUGUACAGGAGUGCCUCCAGUAUGACCCAGAGGCCAAGGAAGAAGAUGUCCUGAUUUGUUUUAAAGCUUUGUUUCUAUUUUAUUCUUACUGUUUUGGCUGGCAGAUUGUCAAAUGUGUCCUUCAGAAGCCUCUCUGGAGCUCCAGUGGAGCUCAUCACUACAACCCCACACUGACUGUAGGCUCAUGCGCUGAGAGGAACUAAAAGGAAAAGAACUAGACCCUGUGCCUCUUCUCGAGUCUGCGAGAGGACACGUGGCUGGGUGGGGCAGUAUUAAACAAAGGAAAAAAAGAAAACAAUGACCCCAGUUGAGAUGGAAGGGAUGGCAGAACGUUUGCAGUGGGCGCAGAGGAGGAGGUUAGGUGGGAGAAGUUUUAGGAAACACCUGACGCACUGCAAUGUCUGUGCGUGUUUACCUUUUCUAAACUGUUAGUUCUCGCUUCUCCUGGGAGCCUUGGCCUGUGAGUAACAGAAACCUCUAAGUGAGGACAUUUAUAACCCCACGUAAGAACCUCUUCAAGUGAGGAAGGGCCCAACAGCUGGGCACAUCACGGGGAGGUCCAUCUUCUUUCUCCCCCUCAGUCCUGCUGGCUCCCCUCUUGGCCUGGCCACAUAAUGGUUGUAACUGGUCCUACAGAUUCACUGAGCUCUGGAGAUAACCAGAGGGAAAGGAUGUAUGGUUUCUCCACAGACCUGAAGAUCUCUUUCUCAGAGGCUCUCCCAGCAAACCCUUCUUCAAGUCUCUGCAGUCUUACAGGCUCGGAAUAGGUCUGUGGUGGUUUCUCCAGUCACCGUCCAUGACUGAUGUCUAUAAUUGCCUUCAAGCAAUCUUCCUUUGGGACAGGGAAAUUUGGAGUCCACAGCAUUGGAAAUUAUAGCCCUAUGCUUUUGAUCAAGUAACAAAACGCAAUUUUCCCCUGGAUUUUAAUCCUCCUAAGGAUUAUAAUUCUAUACGUUUUGGGCCUACCAUGAAUAUUAUCUCAAUUGAAUUCAAGUACAUUGAUGAAGCUAGACCGUAAAGUUUGUAUGCUUCAAUACUCUCAAAUUUUUAUGCAGGUAGCUUCUAUAUUUUCACAUUGGAAAUAAACUAAUUUUAUAGCCUUAAUUUGCAUGGUUAUUCUUCUAAUAAACCUAAAGCUUGCAGGA